CCUCCUCCUCCCCGCGCGUCCCCUUGCCUUCCUCGUCGCCGCCGCCGUCGCCGUCGCCGCCGCCGUCGCCUCCGCUGCCGCGAUCCGAUUUGCGUCUUUUGCUCUGGCCGGCCUGAUCUUGCUGGUCAAGGAAGCGCCGGCGGCCACCGCCCCUUUCUCCGGCAAUCGUUGCCGGGGAUAAAGUGGGGCUCGUAGGUUAAGGAGGGGUUUGGGGAUUAGAUCGGGAAGAGAUGAAGCAAUCAAUUUCGUCCACCGUUUUCCAUGCUGACGCUGCUGCGAGCCCUAGGAUCAUUUCACUUCUGCCUCUUUCUAACCCGACUCUUUUUGGUUUUUGCCUUGUCGAUAGUGACCUUGAGUACACUCAAAAGCUUGCCUAUUAGCUUAGUGUAAAUAGUAGGCUUGUUGGGGUUUAGUUUGUUGGAAAGAAUUAGUUUCUGGUUCAUUUCAGCUAGCAACAAUGGCUGCGAUGAACGAAAAGGUAUUGGGUAAAUAUGGAAGAAACAUAAGUAGCCUCAAGAGAAAGCGGGACAAUCCUGCUGAUGGCUGCAACACCUCUAAAUUUCAUCAGCACUCAGCCGAUAACUCCAUUAUUAGGUUUUAUGUUGACGAAGCUCACAAGGCAAAAAUCAAGUGCUUCAACAUGCAGUUUAUACAGAGUUAUCAGAAUUUCAUGAGUAGCGCAUUACCUAAGCGAAUUCUGCUCCGCCAAGGUGGUGAAUGGAAAGACUUCCCAGAGCAAAUUGUCAAGCUUGCCCACAUUGAUUUCAGGACCAAGAAGUCAAUCACAGAAGGUGAAUACCAGAACCAGAUAUUUUUGCUGGAUUUUGUGAACAUGACAUUCAUAGACUCAAAGACAGGUCUUCAGAGACCAAUUGCUUGGAUUGAUGAAAAUGGGAAGCAGUACUUCCCAGAAUUUUUUGUUGAAGAUCAGUUACUACAUAGGAAAAAGGAUUUUGGCAACAGAGAUAAUGUGUACAUAAUUGUCGAGCCUAAUGGGACACAAGAAAUGAAUGGCCACUUUGGAGCAUCAGAAAGUUCUGCAGAAAGCUCAAACUUUGAAUCAAGUACCGAUGAUGUUUCCAGUGCUAAGAGAGCUAGGGCUCAAAGGAGUGUCCCAGGGAAAAGAACUGGUGGUGUUGGAGAAACUAUUGGAGAGAACGAGCCACACGCUUUGUUGCCUAUUCCCUGCAGAUCUCUACCACAGGAUAUGCUGGGUGAACAAUCACGUGCCCAAUUAGCUAUUUCUGCCGUUCAGAAAUUGCUAUUGCAGGCACGGGGCACUGUUCUUGGUUCCAAUGACAUCGUUGGGAUAUACAGAACUCCAGUGCUGGAUAAUUAUAAGGAAUAUCGUUAUAAUCUUUUCAAAAAGCAGGUAGAGCGUACUAAAUGUAAGCGUGGCAAUGCGAAUGUCCGCUAUGCCUGGCUUGCUUGCUCAAAAAGUAGCGUGGAUGAAAUGAUGCUGAAUGGCAUAUUGCAGUGUAAGAAGCCUUUUAAGUGUCCAGAAUAUGGGAUCGGAACAAUCCUAGCUCCAGCAAAUUGCUCCAAUACCUGUGUGAAUUACUCUGAUGUUGAUGAAAAUGGCAUUGUCCAUAUGAUGUUGUGCCGUGUUAUAAUGGGGAACGUAGAAAUAGUUCACCGUGGAUCUAAGCAGCAUCGGCCUAGUAACGAGUAUUUUGAUAGUGGUGUAGAUGACCUUAAAAACCCGGAACAUUACAUUGUAUGGGAUAUGAAUCUGAAUAGUCACAUCUAUUCUGAAUUUGUAGUCACCAUCAAAUUGCCUUCUGGAGUCAAAGAUUCUCCUGCCACUCAAGAAGAUUGUCACAAUCUAUCAGAAGUUUCAUCACUGGUCUUGAGCUCUGGUUCACCUGAAAGUGUCUCACAGGACAUGAACCUUCAGGCGUCUCCAGCAUUGGGAGGUCAAUAUGAAGCCCCCAUGUUAGGAGAUAAAGUGGAAAGGGCCCCAAGCACGCCUUGGAUGCCUUUCUCCAUGUUAUUUGCAGCGAUUUCGACCAAAGUUUCUGCUGAGAAUAUGGACAUGGUCAAUAGUUGUUACGAAGAAUUCAAGAGCAAGAAAAUAAGCCGAGUUGACCUAGUGAAGAAGUUGAGGCAUAUAGUUGGUGACAGAGUGCUUAUAUCCACAAUAAUGCGACUCCAAGAUAAGUUACCUCCUAUGUCGAGGCAGGAAACACAACACGUGGGCCAAGAUGAUGGGUAAACCAUGAAUGAGGUCGGUGGCGAACUUGAGUGGUAGUACUCAACAACUCAGUAGGAGGGCUAUGAAUCGAGUCUCAUAAGUUGUCUGCGUCUGUAUGGUGAUGCGGGUUUGUCUUUUCGGUCCUAGAUUCAUGUUGCAAAAAUUUCUGUCAUCUGUUUCCGUUGCGAAAUGAUGAUUUCAGCUUAACCGGUGGACCUGAGGUUUACAAUCGAUAAGUUUCCAUGUUUACCCA